AUUAUUCUACGAGCGCGCGCAUUCGCAGAAUAUUCUGGGUAUUUGCUUCCCGUGACGGCUGGCAUGAAACGAGGAAACUUCCUUCAUUGUUCGUCCAGCCUGAUAUUUUUGAAUCAAAGCUUUACAAAAAAAAAACCGAAACAAUGCCACUCACACCUCUCGUUUACUGGGCUCAACGCCAUGAAGAUAUUUACCUGCGAGUGGAGCUGACAGACGCCCAGAAUAUUGAUGUCAAUGUGAAUGACAACGUGCUUCAGUUUAAAGCCCAGGGCCAUGGUGCAAAAGGACAAAAUGAAUAUGAGUUCAGCUUGGAGUUUCUUUUACCAGUAAAGUCAGAGGUGAGCCACAAGUCCACGCAGCGUCAGGUGAAUAUUACAGUGCAGAAAGAGCAGCGAGGCUGGUGGAAAAGACUGACGCUACAGGAGCGCAAACCAGUCUUCCUGGCACCAGACUUUGACCGUUGGCUGGACGAGUCAGAUGCUGAGAUGGAGAUCCGGGAAAAGGAGGAGAAAAGGAACAUGCUGAAGGCAUCAAGGCAUAAAGAGGAAGGUUUUGUCAGCCUGAAAACAGGAUUUUUGUUUGUAUAUAACCUGGUGCAGUUUCUUGGUUUUUCAUGGAUCUUUGUCAACAUGACCGUGCGGCUCUUUAUCUUUGGCCAAGAUUCUCUCUACGACACAUUUCACACCAUAUCAGAUGUGAUGUUCUUCUGCCAGAUCCUGGCAGCAGUAGAGGUCCUCAAUGCUGCUUUCGGUGUAGUCCAGACAGGUGUUAUUCCAACUUUUAUACAGGUGGUUGGAAGGAAUUUUAUCCUCUUCAUAAUUUUUGGUAGUUUGGGAGAAAUGCAUAACCAGCCAGUUGUGUUCUUCGUUUUCUACCUGUGGAGCACCAUUGAGAUUUUUAGGUAUCCAUUUUACAUGCUGGGCUGUUUAAAUACAGAGUGGAAAACUCUCACUUGGCUGCGGUACACAAUCUGGAUACCACUGUACCCAUUAGGUGUUAUAGCUGAAGCUGUUGCUGUGAUACAAUCCAUUCCCAUCUUUGACGAGACCAAACUCUUCAGCAUUCCUCUGCCAAAAGCGGUCGGUACCUCCAUCAGCUUCUCUUACGUCCUUCACAUCUAUCUUGUACUCAUGUUUUUGGGUAAGUCUCCAGAUAAAACAUUAACCAUAUAUAUCUUUGAGCAAAUCUGUUCUAAUGUCAGCAUUUUGGUUCUGAUCUUAAUUUUUUGGUUUCCCGCCCCCUCUUUAGGACUUUUUAUCAACUUUCGUCAUCUUUACAAGCAAAGGAAGAGGCGUUUUUGUACCAAGAGGAAAGCAAAUUGAGCAAAAAUAUUCCUCAGACAACUUUGCUGCCUCCUUAUUUCUGGAUGAAAUGUUUUAAAUGAUCAUGGACCAUGCUCCUGUCAAAUUAAUUCUAGUUUUUCUUAUAAAGUUUUUCCACAGCCUGUUUGCUCUCACUGAAAUAAUUACAUCUGUGGUCAAAAUGGACAUCUUACAGAUGAUGCAAUAUUUCGUCAUUACAUUGAUGUCUCAUUUACUGGUGAUUGAUUUCUCUUAAGAUGUAAAUUCUAAGUAUUUUGUAGAGGGGUGAAGAGCUAUAAUAAGCCAUAGAAUUUGAUAUCCUGUGUGGUUUCUUUUUCAUUUUAAUGUUGGUUGAGAUUUUUUUAAUGCAGUGGUCUCGCUACUGUUGUCAUUUGAGAUGAUGUGAUUUAUGUCGGAAUGAAGAAAGCGACAACAUU